AGGGCGGGGGGGGAGCCCGAAGGCUCCGCGACUACGUCCGUUGGGCUGGAGGACGCCGAGGCUGCGGUGGGCGGGGGCCGCUCGGCUGUUCCCUGCUCGGCGGUGGCUGCGGCUCGGGUCUCCAUGUCGGACAACCAGAGCUGGAAUUCCUCCGGCUCCGAGGAGGACCCCGAGACCGAGCUCGGGCUGCCUGUUGAGCUCUGCGGGGUGCUCAGCAAGUGGACCAACUAUAUUCAUGGGUGGCAAGAUCGAUGGGUAGUUCUGAAAAGCAACACACUCAGUUAUUACAAGUCUGAAGAUGAAACAGAAUAUGGCUGCAGAGGCUCUAUCUGUCUGAGCAAGGCUGUCAUCACACCCCAUGACUUUGAUGAAUGCAGAUUUGAUAUUAGUGUAAACGACAGUGUUUGGUACCUCCGAGCUCAGGACCCGGACCACAGGCAACAGUGGGUAGAUGCAAUAGAACAACACAAGACUGAAUCUGGCUAUGGAUCAGAGUCAAGCUUACGCCGCCAUGGCUCCAUGGUGUCUCUUGUUUCUGGAGCAAGUGGAUACUCUGCAACAUCCACCUCUUCGUUCAAGAAGGGCCAUAGCUUACGUGAGAAGCUUGCAGAGAUGGAAACCUUUAGAGACAUCUUGUGUAGACAAGUUGAUACAUUACAGAAAUACUUUGAUGCCUGUGCAGAUGCUGUUUCCAAAGAUGAACUCCAGAGAGAUAAAGUGGUAGAAGAUGAUGAAGAUGAUUUCCCUACAAUGCGUUCUGAUGGGGAUUUUUUACAUAACAGUAACAGCAGUAAGGAAAAAUUAUUUCCACAUGUGACCCCCAAAGGAAUUAAUGGCAUAGACUUUAAAGGAGAAGCUAUAACUUUCAAAGCAACUACUGCUGGAAUCCUGGCUACACUAUCUCAUUGUAUUGAACUAAUGGUAAAACGUGAAGAAAGCUGGCAAAAAAGGCUAGAUAAGGAGACAGAGAAAAGGAGAAGAGCAGAAGAAGCAUACAAAAAUGCUAUGACAGAACUGAAGAAGAAGUCCCACUUUGGAGGGCCUGACUAUGAGGAGGGUCCUAAUAGUCUGAUUAAUGAAGAAGAGUUUUUUGAUGCUGUUGAAGCUGCUCUCGAUAGACAGGAUAAAAUGGAAGAACAGUCUCAAAGUGAAAAGGUCAGAUUACACUGGCCAACAUCCUUACCUUCUGGAGAUGCUUAUUCUGCUGUGGGGACUCACCGAUUUGUCCAAAAGCCCUAUAGUCGCUCUUCCUCCAUGUCUUCCAUUGAUCUAGUCAGUGCCUCUGAUGAUGUUCACAGAUUCAGCGCACAGGUGGAAGAGAUGGUACAAAACCAUAUGACUUACUCCUUACAAGAUGUAGGAGGAGAUGCCAAUUGGCAGCUAGUGGUUGAAGAAGGAGAAAUGAAGGUAUACAGAAGAGAGGUGGAAGAGAAUGGAAUAGUUUUAGAUCCCUUGAAGGCAACACAUGCAGUUAAAGGGGUAACAGGACAUGAAGUUUGCCACUACUUCUGGAAUGUUGAUGUUCGUAAUGACUGGGAAACAACGAUUGAAAAUUUUCAUGUCGUGGAAAAUUUAGCUGAUAAUGCAAUCAUCAUUUACCAGACACAUAAGAGGGUGUGGCCAGCUUCUCAACGGGACGUGCUAUAUUUGUCUGCCAUCAGAAAGAUACCAGCAUUCAGUGAAAAUGAUCCUGAGACAUGGAUUGUAUGCAACUUUUCUGUGGAACAUGAUAGUGCUCCUCUGAACAAUCGCUGUGUCCGUGCCAAAAUAAAUAUCGCUAUGAUUUGUCAGACGUUAGUAAGCCCACCAGAGGGGAACAAGGAAAUAAGCAGAGACAACAUCUUAUGCAAGAUUACAUAUGUAGCUAAUGUGAAUCCAGGAGGAUGGGCACCAGCAUCAGUGUUACGAGCAGUGGCAAAGCGAGAAUAUCCCAAGUUCCUGAAGCGUUUUACAUCAUAUGUGCAAGAGAAAACAGCAGGAAAGCCUAUUUUAUUCUAGUACUAGCAGUGAACAGAACAAGACUGGGUGAGCAUUCCACGUUGGAGAAAUGACCAUGCAUAGAGCACUCCAUGCUGGAACGAAGGAUCUACAGUCUUCUUAUGGCCCAAAUCCUAGGCUUUGUAUACUGAAGUGAAGAAAUGUUGCAACACCAUGAGGCUGAAUAUUUAACACUAGAUCUUUCCUGCUAACUUUUCUUGCUGAAUCAGUGUGUAAUUAUAAAUACAUGUAUUGAUAACAUGUAUAUGGCUCUAUUUUUCUUUGCUUGCUUUGGACAAGGAAGAACAUACAACUUUGAAUCACCAAUGUGAGUUACUGCUUUUAUUUUAAGCAACUGGCAGAAUUUUGUGGUCAGCCUUCCCCAGAUACUUACAUAGUUUUUGUGCAUGUCUAAAAAGCACAAAUGCACAUAUAGCAUACUGUAUGUGCUUUAUAUGCAUAAAAAUCUGUAGUAUUUUGGGGCAGGGGGGUAGAAAGAGGAGUUCAGUAAAGCCUAGGUGAAUUACUGGCAGGUUUUGUUUUGCUUUGUAUAAUCAUAGUUCAUUGCUGCUGGUUUCUAUAAUGAAUCAUCUUGUUACAUAAAUUGUCAGUUAAUAACUGAGGGCUGUCAAUAUCCUUAUGACUUUGCCUUUUCUAUUGUCUUACUCUUAUGAAGAUCUUUGGCUCUGAAGGAGUAAGAGUGUGAAAAGCUUUAUUUUUUUCCAGAUAUCUUUAUAUUUCUAUUGUAUUUUUUAGUUAUGUAAUAUGUGCUACAGAAUUUUUGUUAUUAAACAUGACCCAGAAAUUUCUGGAAAGAUUCUAUGUGAGAGGGCAAGAGACUGCCCAAAAGCUAGAAGACAUCUGUCCAUGCUAUAUGUGGACUGCUUUCUUGCAUGAUAUCUAGGGGGCUUUUCUGAAGCUGUCAGAAGGUACACUAUAUUUAUUGAAGUAAUUUGGACUACAUAGGACAACAUUCCCAGUCUAGAAUGAGGAUGAAUACAUUAUUUUCAAAUCCUGCAUGUGUUUUCCUCACCUUAAUAAAGCCAUGCUAUGAGGCUCAUGUAGAAAGUGAGUUGUGUUGAUACUUGCCACUUGAUCAAAAACCCUUCAGAGCUAUGACAGUGCAUAGUUCUUAUUGGAAAGUUCCCUUUAGUUGCUGUGAGAAUUUAAAUGUCAGAUAUUUGCCUGCCUUUAAUUCUGGAGAUGCUCAUUGGGAGAGGACUCUGGCAGACUGGUUUUUGCUUUGAGACAUGUUAUCCGUGUCCUGUAGUUGGAAAUUAUUCAGAGCCUACUGGGUGUUUCACUGACCUGUGUAUUUCAAGGAAAAAGUUUGAUAUAUUUUUUCAAAAGAAAGUGAAAGUCUUAUUUGAUAUAGUAUGGUAGGUGCCUGAAAAUAACUAUAAAAUAGUAACUUAAUGAAGAUUUGGUGAAUGAUUAAAUGUGAUCAGUGCAGUAUUGGAAAAAAUUUUCACCUGUUCAUUUUCUCUAUAGAGAUGGUCAUACCUAACACAUGAUUACACAUGCACAGAGAUUUCAUGCUCCGUAACUCUACCUUUUUUAUUUGCCUUUCUCUAAAGGUGUGCAUGGAAUAUGCCUUAUUACAGAAUUACUCUGUUAAUUUGAAUAUGUAGAAAAGUGCCUAUAUGGUAGUGCUAGUAAGGCAAAUAAGACAAAAAUUUGUACAUGUUUACUAUAUCACCAGUGAGCAUUUUAUAUAGUGAUGAUAAAAAAUAAUUCUUAUACCUCAAAUAUACUUCAUCUUUUUACAAUCAACUAAACAAUGGUUCAUUCACCAUAGCCACUGAUGGGAACUUCAAAAAAAAAAAAAAAAAUGGUCCAGAAUAUGAAAAGUUUAAUUCCUUAUUUGCCUUUUCUGGUAAUAGUUGUUGAACACAGGCAAGUAACUGUUUCUUAAUUUAAUUGGAUAGCUUUAUUUUACAAAGGUAUGGAAGUUUACAAAGCAGUAUAUAAAUCUUUUAUUAUUAGUUGCAUUUGCACUAAAUGUGAUGUACUUUUGCGAUUUAUUCUGUAAAUAAAAUUACACUACAGAUACUCUUUGUAAGAAAUACACUUUACUUUUAGAUAAAGGCACUGGUACUUCACUACAGCUAGCCCUGCCCAAUCAGUAUUGUAAGAAGGCUUCCUAAAAAGCUACAGAAGUACUUGCAAGAUUGAAACAUAGAUAUUAAUUGACUUCUUAAUUUAAAAAAAAAAAAAGGCAGCUUUCUACAGGCCUCAGAUUGUCUGUGUUUUAAGUAACCAUUAGAUCCUUUCUUGAGGAAAAAUCUGAAGGACUUUUAUGGUUUUAUAAAAUUUCCCCUUUCUUCUGAACCCAACUGUUUUUCCAGACACUGCCACAUAUAUGUGCACUCUUGAGUUCACUUCAUCCUGUUAAUGGAUCUGUAGCAUUUAUACUACGAUUUCCUUUGCAGAAGAAGCCCCUAACUGUAGAAGGGAUGUUUCUAUAACUUGAACCAAUUUGGAGGGCUGAAAACGCAGCAGUCUUCUCCAUUUAAUAUUGUUUUCUGAAUAUCUCUUUUGGGAGAAUUUUGUUGUUGCUGAUCUAGAUCUGAAGGAAAUUACUUGAUGAAACCUUUAAGGGGAAUGAGGAUGAGCAAUAGGCAUUGUUACCCUGUCUGAGAACCUGAACAUCUCACUUGGAGAAAUUUAUCUGUGAAAAAUGUGAUACAUUUUGGGGGGUGGAGGGAAUUACCUUUUACUUAAUUGGGCUGAGCUGGCAUAUCUGAAGUUGUGCAGAUUUCUUUAAACUAAUCAGAUUGUCCACCUGUAUUUUUGUCAAGUUGUACAGAUAACACUGUAUUUGAAUUGCCACUGUUCAUCUACAGACUCAAAACAUGAAUCAUAUUUUUGAGUACUUUGAGUGUGUAGAGUGUAACUGUUAUAUAAUAGCUUUAUAAUCCUAAUGAUAAGUUUUAAAAAUUAAAAGUUGGCUCUUCCAUGUUACAAUCACAAAUUUAAAACCAGUAUUUAAAAGUGAAAAGUAUUAAAAAAAAAAUUAUGAAGAAAAA